UUUUAACGGACAACGAAGAGGCCCCUCUCCCCUGUGUAUCAACACAGUCGUCGAUCUUCCAGGAUAGUGUUAUCGUUCGACCGCACAGUUAUCUGAAAUAGUUAUCACUCCGACGUACACACACCGGCGAGUUCGAGUGGCAAGAUGACAAGAUCGAAAUGAGUGAUUCGCUCGAUAUCGUGACAAUGGAGACCCCGUGCCUCGAGUCCGAAAAUUGUCUGAAGGUAUCCUCGACGAUGCAGAACGUGGCGCGGCAGGACUCGGGCGUACCGGAGGAUCUCGCGUCGCCUAUCAAUGAGGCGCAGACACUCAACGGAGACGAAGAUCCAGAUCUCACUAUGAACAGCGAAUGCAACAUCACGGUGAUCCAUAUUACCGAGUCACAGAAAACGAAUGAGAAGUCGCUGGCCGAGAAUAAGGACAGCAAGGACGGCAGCGACAGCGGAGUCGAGGGUUGCACGACGGAAGUUCCAAGAGUACGCAGUAGGAAUAGUAUCGACUACGCGAGUAGUUGCGGUGGUUUGGACGAGGCCUCUUGCGAUUCUAGUCUUGUAAGUUGUUGCUCGGUGUACGAGGAUCCAUGCGGAUCCACGUUGCCAGAUGACGUUCGGCUAGGCGCCACCGGUGGGGAAGGUACGAGCGAGGGUGGUAGCGAAAGUUCGUCCAUCGCUGGCAGCGUGUCCAUACGAACGAGUCGUAUGAACGUGAAGAGGACCACGACCGCUUCCAGCGUGACUAAGAAAAAAACUUCAAGCGCUACCGAGACUUCGCAAAAGAAUGCUCGCGCGAAACCAACGAAUAAUACAACUCCGGGUUGUAUGAAUCUGGGUGUGACGACACCGCGAUCCAAGUCGCGAACAGCGACUCCUAGAAAUAUCCUGACCAAGACGCAAAGCACGAGUAAGGAACGGGAGCGGGACCGUCCGCGAUCAAGAGAGAAAUUGACUGUCCGUGAAUCGCUCGUUGUGGAGGUCACCAAGACGCCUGUUGGUAGCCGCGGUACGGCGACAUACGGUUGUCGAUCCAGCAGCAACGCCAUGUCCAAUCUGGCAUCGACUCCCACUUCGUCUUCCGUCACGAGAACGAGGACGAGAGCGUUGCCUGACUCGCUACCGUCCGCGCUGACCACGGAGAUCAACAAGGAUCUCGCGCAACGUAGUGGACGGGCCGUUAGAAAUGAUUCCUCGAGAUCAAGGGCGACUUCCAGCACGCGAGGAGUGCGCACGCCAGUGUCCACGCCGUCCGAGGAAACAAGAAAAAAGUUACCUUCCUUGUCAACUCCCCGUGCUCUCUGCGCCAAAAAUACCACUUCGCAUAUAUCUGAUAAUAAAGCUGCCGGUCAGGAUAAUAAAGCAUUGGACACAUAUGCAACGUUGCCACGUAGAAAUAGAAAUAAACUGACGAUCUCGAAAGCUGGAGAAAAGACGGACAAGACGAAUAACAGUAGACCCGGUAGUCGCGACGCUAGUCUCAGUAGAUCCGUCGAAAAGAAAGUUAUCGGCGGUAAGGAUUCGAAUUCCGUUCACUGCAAAAGCUUGCCGCCAUAUCCUAGACAAAGAAUUGUGGAAAAGACUCGUAUCUAUCAUGAGACCAGCGCGCAGACCGGUUUGACCGGGCAGGAUAUCGAGAACGUGAUGUCCGGCCAACCAAGCGCCAUCGUCGGACCCGAGGUGAUCGAAAGAUUGCACAAGAGUUGCCAAACAGAGGAUGCGUGGAGCGACGUACAAGUCUUGCAGGAUAAUUUGAGACGAUUGAAUGAGGAGAACAAUGAACGACGGCAAGAAAACGAGAGACUGAAGCUUGAGUUAGCCGAAGCAAAUCGUCUUUUAGAAGAAGAACGAGCCGAUCACGCAUUUGCGCGUCAAGAACUCGAUAAAAAUGCGCAACGGAUACUGGCUAUGCUGGGCACUCCACAAUCAGAACACGCAGAGGGCAGCGACAGCUUUCUCGAGCUCGAAUGUCAUAUACAAUCCUCGGGCCAAGUUGUUGCUAAUCAGCAAGUCGAAAUAGCUGAUUUGCAAUCGCUUUGUCGUAUGUUGAGCAGGGAUCUAGAGAAAAGUUUAGCCGCGCAAAAAGCCUUGCUACAACAACAGCAAGAAUUAGAGGCCGAGUCAGCUGAGAUGCAAGAUUUCCUCCAAGAAGAGAAAGCUACUCUGGCGGAUGCACUUAAGGACGCCGAAUCAGAGCUCAAGAAGAAAGAGGAGACUUUAAUUCAACGACAAGCGGAAUUAGAAAGACAAACGGAGGAGUGUAAACACUUAGUACGAAUUAGCGAACAAAGAAGGCAGGAGAAUUUAUCAAUGAGUAUGAAAUUGAAUGCUGUCGAACGAAGAAGUAGGGAACUUUUACUAACUCAAGGCGCUGCCAUGUCCGGAGCAGCUGUUGCUCUCUCUGGACUUAGCACUAGAUUAGAAGGAUUGAUAGAUCAAUUAAUCGCUUCUUAUAAUAUUUCGAUAAAGGAUCUUGAGGACGUCAUAUAUCAUAACGAAGCCUAUAGCAGAAGUAAUAGUAGCAUGGAGUCUAGUCCAGUUCACUCUAAGCAGAAUUUAAAGGAACGUACGCCAAGUCCGAAAAGCGGAUCCUUUGUUUCCGCGGUAAUUAGUGCUAUUCGAAACGCCGCGACACAUCCAUUCGCGACGAGAAACAACAUUGACAAAAAGUCCAACCUAGAUUCAUCCAAACAGAUUUACAAAGAAUUAAGCAUGGAAUCGUCAUCUGACUUGCUCGAUUUUGAAACCGAGCCAUGUCUGAUGAUGGAAAGUGUUCUGGAAGAUGUACCUUUGCCCGAUACAUAUUCUCACAACAUGGUAUCGAGCAGCGAUUCUCUUCGCAGAGCUUUAAGUUUUCCCGAAACGACGGACGAGCAUAACAUGAGGAAGACGAAGAUAGGCGACGAUUGUACUAGUCUCAUGAAUCUCACUCAGGCCAUCUUACAUCGUCGUAAGGUGGAAGAUGAGGGUGAUGACGAUUGUGAUUCCAUAAGCGAAUCUGACACCGGGACUAAUGACGGUCCUGUACCUUUGACGGAUUAUUGUCCAUCUGUGGAUUUGGUCGAUCAAGUGAUUGAAGUGGAUAAUCUCGUUACCAAACUUCUGAAGGUACUACGUAUCAUACAGCUUGAUAACGAUACAUGUAUACAGGAAUUGAAAGAAGAGAAAUCUAGCUUGGAGAUAAAAUUAGAAGCUACCAUGACAGAAUUGAACGAGCUUCGCAAAAUUGUUGAUAAUCUGCAUCAGUCGCCGGAAGAAGUUCUGAACAAUGUGUCAGAUCGGCGACGUAGCGUCGUGGAAAAUUGUCGGAUUCUGCUCAAAGAGGCGGGUAAGGAGGAAUUAAAAUUUGACGAGGCUGUACUUGCUAUUAAUAGCGGUCCCAGUGAAGUAGACUGCGAAGAUCUCAAUGCGAACGAAGCGCAACUUCCAUUUAAUGUAUCUUUAAUAUCUUUUUAGUUUCGUAUAUAUUUUUCCUAACAAUGUAUAACAUUAUAUGAACAAUUUCAAGACUUAAGAAUGUCAAGUUCUGAAUUAGUAUUGACUACAUUAAGUAUAUGUUGACGAAUGGUUUAUAUAUAUUGUUAAUCACGAAAACUCUACUGAAACUUUCAAUUUUGAUGUGAACAAGUUUUUCAGAAAGUUUUGUGAUGACUUAUGUAUUUAAAUCAUAUCUUUUCUUUCUAUUUAUUACAUUUAUUAUGUUUUGUAUCUAUUCGUUUUUCUAUUAUAUUUUCUAUUUUAUCGUUUAAUUUCGAGGAUUGAAGUGAAUAUAUAUACAAUAUUGCAUGUCAAAAUCGAAAAGAAGGAAAAGUUAAUUGGAUUAAAUUUGGAUGACCAUAAACUCACUGCUGUUUUUAAAAUAUAUAUAAUCGUACAUUUAAAAACAACUAUUCCAAAAAAUAAAUAAUUGUAGUUAAAAUUACGUUCAAUUGUAAUUAUCAUAUAGUCUACAAAAGGAUACCAGAGAAUAUUUUAUUUUACCGAUUUUAUAUUGCAUAUUUUUUCAUACCAGUGUUGGGCAAAAUACAUGAAUAAUGAUUGAUAAUUCUAAAGAUGUAUUUAUAAAUGUAUCAGUGUAUACCAAAUACACAAAUGUUAUUAAAAUGCAUAUAUAAUAAAAAAUACAUAUUGUAUAAUAUGCUAAUAUAUUUCCUAUGAAGAUAUAUAAUUGUAAAUCGUGUUUAUCAUUAUUCGCAAAUAUAUUUAACCCAAUACUGGUUCCCACUGAAUACAAUUCAUCUUGUAGAAUUUUAUCUUGGACGAUAAAAAUCAAUAUAAAUCUCUAUAAAAUAUUUAAAAUCUAGACUUGUGAGUAAAAUAACGACAUUAUAAUUUUCAUGGCGAAAUAAACAGGGUAUCUUCCUAUUACAAUAAUAAAAACAUUAGUAUUUAAUGAAGAAUAUGACAAAUGCAAAAUACUAUCAUCUAAAAUGAAAGGAUGGAAUUUUAAUAACUAAUCAUGUACGUAUAAUCAUGCACCACUUCUAUAUUACCGUCAUUACUGCAAAGAAGCUAAGAAAAUAAAUAGCGAAAUAUUUUGUAACAAAUCAUAGAUAUAAAAAUGCAUAAGAGAGAGAAACUUCUUAAUAGAUGAAAACUAGAAAAAAUA